GUAGCUCGCAUAACACGUCAGUGUUUAGGUUUUUAAGCCGCAAGUUCUACCAAAAUCUGUGGUAAACGUAUUGCUGAAAUGCAAUAACGAGUCGGCUACCGAUCGAAAUGGACACAAAGCAACAAAUUGCGUAGUACUCUAUUCAAGUGUAACAAAGCAACGGACAAGGCCGUUUUGAUUUUUGUUUUAUUUUUUCCUUAAACGGACACGAAAUUCUACGGCAAUCAGCAACGCGGCCAACAACAACAAACAUCACCUCGUAGGCAGGUGCAACGAUAAAGAUAAGCAGCUGUGAUAGAAGCAGACAGAAAGUUUUUUCUGUUAGCCAAAAGUGUGACGUGUGCAUGCUAAAUUUUAUUUUGAUCAUACACACUCGCAACUGGCUAAGACGCCCACAAAUACGCACACGCCCACGCACACACACACACACACACACACACACAUACGCUUAGUUGGACAGGUAGCAUAAUGGCUCUGCCAUUGAGUGAUCUGCUGCCAUUUGGCAACGGCGAAAGGAAAUUGGCAGCCUGUGUCCUGCUGUUGCUUCUCGAACUCUUCAUGGACGGCGCCGAUGCAGUCUCUACAAAUCAAGCGGAUAUCGACAAUCAUCUGGAGAUGGGCAAAGACUUUCUGGCACGCGGACAGCUGUCGGAUGCACUGACACACUACCACGCAGCUGUAGAGGGCGAUCCCAACAAUUAUUUGACUCUGUUCAAGCGCGGCACCGUCUAUCUGGCGCUGGGCAAGGCACGCUUUGCCAUCCAGGACUUUAGUCGUGUGCUGGAGCUAAAGCCGGACUUUACAGCGGCGCGCAUCCAACGGGGCGUUGUGCAUAUGAAGACCGGCGACUAUGAUCUGGCCAUGGUCGAUUUUGAGGUUGUGCUGCGCGAGGACCCACAGAAUGGCGUCGUGCACGACCAUUAUUCACGACUGCGUCCGGCCAAGGAUCAGUGGCAGCUGGUACAGCAUCUGAUGGAUAACAAUGAUGAGCAGAAUGCCAUUGGCAUGCUGACCCAGCUGCUGGAGUUCUCACCGUGGUGCCUCGCCUUCAGACAGGCGCGCUCCGAUGCAUAUCUGAAAGUUAAUGAUGCACUCUCAGCCAUUGCGGAUUUGCGGCAGGUCAAUCGCUUGUCGCAGGACAGCACCGAGGGCCAUUACAAUAUAGCACAGUUGCUCUAUAGGAUUGGACAUUGCACCAAUGCACUGAAGGAAAUCCGCGAGUGCCUCAAAUACGAUCCCGAGCACAAACUCUGUUUUCCCUUCUACAAGAAAGUGCGGAAAGUGGAAAAGCAGCUGGUGACAGCGGAAACGGCGCGUGAGGAGAAACAGGCGCCCGAAUGCAUUGUCGCCGCCGAGGCUGUACUUAAGCAUGAGCCCGAGGAGACAAUGAUACGCUACGAGGCUCACAAGCUGCUCUGUUCCUGCUACACCAGCGAUGAGCAAUACGGCAAGGCAUUGUCGCAAUGCAAACAGGCGUUGGACAUUCUCAAAGAUGCCCAGCUGUACUGUGAUCGCGCUGAGGCGUUGCUGGGCAGCGAAAUGUAUGAUGAUGCCAUACACGAUUUCCAAUCUGCGCUGGAGAUGGAUGAGAACAAUUCGCGGGCCAAGGAAGGCAUACAAAAGGCGAAGAAGCUGCAGAAGCAGGCGGAGCGACGGGAUUAUUAUAAGAUCCUGGGCGUUAAACGCAGCGCCACCAAGCAGGAAAUUGUGAAGGCGUAUCGCAAGGCGGCCCAGAAAUGGCAUCCCGACAAUUUCAAGGACGAUGAGAAAAAGUUGGCUGAGAAGAAGUUUAUUGAUAUUGCCGCCGCGAAAGAGGUGCUCACAGAUCCCGAGAAGCGGCGCCAGUUCGACAAUGGCGAGGAUCCCUUGGAUCCCGAAGGCAAUCAGCAUGGCUUCCGCGGCGCAGAUCCAUUCGCGCACUUCCAGCACGGUUCGCCGUUCCAAUUUAAGUUCCAUUUCAAUUAAAUGGAGCCAACGCUGCCAUUGUUGAGCAUGUUUUCUUUUUGUGAUUUUACCCUUGUUGAGUCAGUCAUGUUAACAAUAUAUCCUCACUUCCUUUCCACUCUUUUCUCCCCACUUCCCCUCUUCCCAACUUCCUCUUUAAUUGUUCACGCCCAACAACUAUUGCAUUUUGCCCACGCCCCUACGAUUUUACACAUAUUUGUGCUGCAACUUUUCAAAAGCGUGUAAAUAUUAGCCUAGAGACUAUGUCCGUUAACUAAAACGCAAGCCACAAAAACAAUAUAAAAACAAAAAAACAAUCACUGAAAACAUUUAAAUUUAAUUAGUUUAUUUAAUAAAAUAAUUGUAAUGUAGUACACUUUUCUAAUUAUAUAUUAAAAAAAGAACGAUUAAGCGAAAAUGAAAAUACAAAACUAAAUCUAUUCAAAGCAGUGAAGGGUUGAGUGGGGAGUGUUUAUCAUAAUAAAAUACGUGGCCCUCCCGCAAUGGUAACUGACAACAAUUCAGAUUAAAUAUAUUCCAAUAUAUAUCAGUACA